UGCUGAACCUUUAAAAUAAAAUUGCUCCGUAUGGUGAGGGCUUCGUCAGUCUUUUUAAACGGGGCUCGAGCUCUGCGAGUCAUCCGGGCAGUACUGAGCCAACGAAACCCUAGAAGAUUCCCGAAAUUGCCUGUGUUUGAUCGGCGCCAUUUAUCUAUCAGAGCCCCGGCAAGGUUUCCAAUCGUUUUUUCCAGGAUGGAAGACACUUCGAUUUCUUCCAAUGCCGUGGUGGCUGGCGAGGCCAAGGUUGGGAUUUCGUCUUCGGCGGGGAAGUGGGAAAGGCUUGGAGAGGUUGAUUGCUUUGAGCUCUCUUCUUCCAGCGUCCUCAAGCUUGAGAAAGGGGACAUCACUUCUUGGUUCGUGGACGGCAGGACAGAUGCUAUUGUCAAUGCAGCAAACGAGAGAAUGCUUGGAGGUGGUGGUGUUGAUGGAGCCAUACAUCGAGCUGCUGGUCCAGAGCUAAAAACUGCCUGUUAUGAGGUGCCAGAGGUUCGACCUGGAGUUCGUUGUCCUACUGGAGAAGCACGUAUAACACCAGCUUUUCAGCUGCCAGUGUCUCGAGUGAUACACACUGUUGGGCCCAUUUAUGGUGCGGUAGACAAACCUGAGGUUCUCCUAAGAAAUGCAUAUAUAAAUAGCUUGAAGGUUGCAAAAGAGAAUAACAUUCACUACAUUGCAUUCCCAGCCAUAUCUUGUGGUGUUUAUCGAUAUCCUUUUGAUGAAGCGUCCAAAAUAGCUAUAUCUGCAAUCAAGGAGUUCCCAAGUGAUUUCAAAGAGGUGCACUUUGUGCUCUUUUCAGACGAUACCUACAGAGCUUGGCUGGAGACUGCUCUCGAGUUCAUGUGAACUUUCAUUCUUAUAGCGUGAGUUUGGCUUUUAUUUUGUGGAUGUUUGAUCCUAUGUAGUUAAGGCUUUGCAUAUUUUGCGAAUGCAAACUGAAAUAAAUGGAUGCUGGAUUUUGAAUUCUCUAUGUUUUUUUAUUGAUUGUAAAUAAAUUUAGGGUGACAAUUUUUUAUUUUUAUAGUUGAAAGAUCAUUUAUUUUUGUUUAA